AAGCGAAGUCAAAUUAUGCAUGAUAAUUUCAAAGGAAUCGGUAACCAAAUCAAGAAUGCACAAGUUCAAAUAAACACUUUCGUAUCUUGGCAGAUAAGGUCAUUAGAUAGAAUGAUGCACGAAUUAAAGGGUAAAGUUAUUUUAAUCACUGGAGCUGCCACUGGUAUCGGCUCCAAGGUGGUGCAGAUAGCUGUUGCUGAGGAGGCAAAGCAUGUUGCUAUCCUAGACAUAGCAGAGGAAGCAGGUAUCGCGUUCCAAAAUGAACUAAACACCAAAUACGGGAACAACAAGGUACAAUUCAUUAAAUGCGAUGUAUCAAAUGGUGAAGAAUUGAAUGCAGCGUUUGCCAAAGUCAAAAAUGAAUUCGGCUACAUCGAUAUUGUGAUUAACAACGCAGGCAUUCUCAACGACAAUCUGCAGGUUUACGUAAAACAAAUAGACAUUAAUGUAACAGCUUUGGUUACUAGCUCUUUAAAAGCAUUAGAGCUGAUGCGCAAAGAUGAAGGAGGUAACGGUGGUGUUGUGAUUAACGUUUCAUCUGUAGCGGCUGUUUGCGCCGUACCUGAUACACCAAUUUACAGCGCAACUAAAGCAGCAGUAUUGAAGUUUACUACGGCAAUGGGUAGUGACUUGUACUAUUCAAGAACAGAAGUUAGAUUCCUGACAGUUUGCUUCGGAGCUACUAACACGCCAUUACUCUCCGUAGAAAAAAUGGGAAGUUUUGACUCUGAAGUCGAAGCCGGUAUUGUGGAAACAUUAAAAACAUUAAAAUGGCAAAGCCCGGAGUCCGCGGCUCGAGGAGUUGUCGACACGUACAAGAACGGAAGAAGCGGCAGCGUAUGGUUGAUAGCUGGUGGCAAACCAGCCAUUGAAGUGACCGAUUUGUAUAACAAAGGCUUCGCUCUGUUUGAUCACUUAGUGUACAAUUGAAUUUUAUACUCACACUUUAUUAGAUUAUGUAACUUGAUGCACCAAUUUUAAUAUUAAUCAAGUAAACUUUUGAUUAGCUUGCAAUA